AUGAGAAUCACACGGCUUGCAAACAACCUAAGAGUGAUUGCCUUACUAUUAAAUAGUUACGACAUCGAUCUUAUAAUAGCAACACAUAAUCGGUUGCGAAACUCCAUUGCGAGCGGCAAUGAGACCAACAGAGGGUUCCCGUCGGCGGGCAAUAUGCUUGUGCUCGAGUGGGACGACGAGUUGGCGGCCGUAGCCCAGGCACACGCCUCUCAGUGCCUCUUUCAGCACGAUUGCUAUCAAUGCCGCAGAACUGAAAGAUACGCGACUGUGGGUCAGAAUAUAUUCCUAUACCGAACAUCACGUCUAUCGGUGCGAAACAGAUGGCAAUACGCUAUCCAAUGGCAAUACGCUAUCCAGUUGUGGUACGACGAGCUCAGUAUAGCACCCAAUAGUAUUGUCAGUCAGUUUGAGGCCAGUUCUCUCAAUAUCGGCCACUUUACACAAGUUGUGUGGGCUGACACACAAAAGGUCGGGUGUGGAUACGUCUCGUAUGCCGUUCCCAAUUCCAUGUACAAAGUGGCACAACUUUACACCUGUAAUUAUGCACCCGGCGGUAACUACAUAGGCCUACAAACCUAUCGGAUCGGCGCUCCGGCCAGCGAAUGCCCGCACAUGUCUAGACCCUCACACCAUUACAAAGCCCUCUGCAAAGUGUAUCAAAAGACACGAUUUGUUGAAAGCAAAAGAGUGGCGAAUGAAAGGAAGGCAAAAAUAAAAGGAGAGAUAUAUUGUUGGGUAGAAUUGGUAGGACUGGAGGCAGUGGUAGCUCUGGUAGUGUGGAUGUAG